AUGCCGCCUGUCGGAAUUUACCCUAACAGGGCCUCAUAUGUCGGACGUAAAUCGCAGAAAUUCAAAUAUUUUUACAAGAACGCUAACUGGGUACAAUUAAGAGAAACAUUAUCUCGUAUUCCUUGGAAUUGUGCUCUUCUUGAUAAUAGUAUAGAUAACAACUGGGAUGCUUGGACAGAUCUAUUAUUUACUGCCAUAGAUGACCACAUACCAAAGAGGAGAGUCAGGCACGUAAAAAGCUCACCAUGGAUAACCAAAGAACUAUUAACCUUGUGUAAACGAAAAAGAGCCCUGUAUAAGAAAGCAAAACGGCUAGACAGAUCAGUUCAUUGGGAUGCAUAUAGAAAAUUAAACAAUUCUCUGAAAAAAGCAUGCAAAGCUGCUAAGCAGGAUUAUAUAACAGAGUUAGCGAAAGAACUUAAUGAAAAUAUGAAUCCCAAACCUUUUGGAAUUAUGUCAAAUCAAAACCAGCUGAAUGUGAUCCAUCCAAAUCAAUAUGCAUAUUUGCGAGGAAACUCCACCCUCACGCAGCUAUUGUCUUGCUUUGAUGAUUGGGCGAAGUCGCGAAACAGAUCCAAACCCACUGAUGUGGUCUUGCUAGACUUCUCUAAGGCAUUUGAUAGCGUACCUCAUGAAAGAUUAUUACUUAAGCUAAAAUGCUAUGGUAUCGAUGAUUCGUUCCUGCUUUGGUUCAGAAACUUUUUCAUCAAUCGUAAGCAACGAGUCGUAAUCCGUGGCACCUAUUCAUUGUGGGCUCAAGUCAAAUCCGGAGUACCACAAGGAACUAUAUUAGGACCUAUUUUGUUCCUAAUUUACGUGAAUGAUAUAUCAACAAGAGUUGCAUCACAAAUCAAGUUAUAUGCAGACAAUACCAAAUUAUACCGGGAAAUCAGUGACAAAACAUGGGAUGUACAAAUAUUACAGUCAGACCUGACGUACCUCCACGAGUGGUCUAUUUUAUGGCAAUUACCUUUUAACACGGAUAAGUGUGAAGUGAUUCGAAUUACCCACGCACGGGACAAAUCUGUCCUAUCCUAUUCACUAUCUGGAACUUACCUUAAAUCAGUCGAGGAGGUUAAAGACCUCGGUGUAACAAUCACAAAAAAUCUCUCAUGGAGUCAACAUGUAGCGAUAACAGUUAACAAAGCAAAUAAAGUACUGGGCAUUAUUAAACGAACAGUUGGUCCAGUGGAUAAAUCGGUGUUUUCAAUGCUGUAUAAGUCACUUGUGAGACCUAUACUGGAAUAUGCUGUACCGGUAUGGUCUCCCUAUCUAGUUAAAGACAUACAAGCGCUUGAAAAAGUUCAAAGAAGAGCAUCCAGAAUCGCACUCCGGCAGAAAAGACAAGAUAUGAGCUAUGAAGAUAGAAUUAAAAUACUAAAAUGGUCAACUCUAGAGAAAUGUAGACUUUAUUUAUCACUAAUUGAGUGUUAUAAGAUAGUUUUUAACAUCAGCAACUUAGACUUUAACACUUUUUUCGAACUUGGGUCCAAACGCACAAGAGCGAAUCACGGCUACAAACUAUAUGUCAAGCUUGCAAAAUGUAAUUCUUACAAAAAUUCAUUUUUUGUAAGAAUAAUUGACGACUGGAACAACUUGCCUAAAGAUGUAGUAGAGGCAGGAAAUUUGAAUACAUUUAAACAUAGGUUAAAGUUAUUUAUGAAUAUUUUUUAG